CGCCCCAACCCCGGGCGGGCAGCCUGCAGGCUGGGGGCCGGGCAGGCAAGGGCAGCCCGAGCGGUGGCGACGGACGGCGCCGAUGGCCAGGCGGGGGCGGGCGCCGCUGGGCUGCUGCUCGGCCCGGGGAUGGGAUGGGAGCGGACCGGCGGAAGGCCUCGCGUAGCGGCCGGCUCGAUGGCAGCCCCCGCGGAGGGCGGACGGGGGGAGGCGAGAAGCGCGUCGGCCCGGAGAGCGGGGCGGGGGGCGACUCUUUCCUGAGGUGACGGGGGGGGGGCUCUCUUAAGGAGGCGCCAAGCCGAGGGGAGAGAGAGGGAAGGAGGGUGGGCGGGGGGCGACCCGAGCGGCUGGGCGGGCGGCGGCGGCAGCAGUGAUGAAGGGGGGGGGGGCAGCGUGCGGUCCGCGCCACCUUAACGGGGAGCCCCGCCCCGGCCGCUCAUUGGCGCAGCGCGAGUGGCUGGAAGGGGCGGCUGAAAUGCAAAACUUGUGGCUGCGGCUCCGGCGCGGGCUGAAAGCGGGCGAGGCGGCAGCGAGCGCCCGAGAGCGCCGGGCGGGCGGGCGGGCGGGCGGGCAGCGGCGGAGCGUCCCGGCGGCGGGGGCAUGCGGCGGGGGGGCAGGUGACAGCGGCCCCCGCAAGAUGUGAGCCGGCUGCCCGCUCGCCAGUCCCCCGCAGGCAGCGGAGGCGGCGGCCGCGCACCCCAGCCCCAGCAGCAGCAGCAGCAGCCCGAGGCGGCGGAGGCGGCGGCAGCAUGUUCGCGCUGGAGCCCUUCGAGGCGCAGGGAGGCGGCGGCGGCGGCAGGAGCGGCGGGCCGGGCGAGCGCGGCGGCGGGGGCGGCUACGGGCAGCAGCCGGGCCUGGGCCCCCACUUCAAGGCGUCGCCCUUCCCCGGCGGCGGCGGGGCGGCGGGGGGCGAGUCCGGCCUGGGCGAGCCCUCCCCGGCGGCCCUGCUGGCCAUGAACAUGACCUUGUCCGGCGAGGCGGCCUACGGCACCUUCCCGCACGGCCGCGGCGCCCACGCCGACCUGCACCCGACGGCCCAGCCCGUGCACGGCUUCUUCGGCGGCCAGCAGCAGGCCCCGCACGGCGCCCACCCGCAGCAGCAGCAGCAGCAGCCCCCGGCCCACUUCGGCGGCGGCGGGGGCUUCGGGCCCGAGCCCAGCGCCUCCUGCCUGCACGGCGGCCGCCUCAGCCUCAGCAGCUACGCGGGCGGCCAGCAGGCCUUCGCGGCUGACGGCUACGAGCAGCAGCAGCAGCAGCAGCAGCACCUGGCCGACGGACAGCCGGGCGGAGACGGCUUCGGGCCGCAGCGCGCCGCGCCCCUCCAGGACUUCCCGCCGCCGCCGCCGCCGCACCACAACCCUGGCGUGCCGGCGCCUUGCCUCCCUCUGGACCAGUCGCCCAACCGCGCCGCCUCCUUCCACGGCCUGCCCGGGGCGGCCGCCUCCUCCUCGGAGCCGCUGCACGGCCUGGACUCGCAACGGCGCCUGCCCAGCCAGGGGGCCGCCGCCGUGGAGGCCCUGGACUACAGCUACGCCGCGGCGGCCAGCGGCGACGGCCACUACGACCUGCCCGUCUUCUCCCCCUCCGAGGCGGACGGGCAGCUGCCCCACUACGGCAACAGCAGCAGGCAGCAGGUGGGCGGCGGCGGCUACGCGGGGCCCUCCUCGGCCUUGGCCCGCGCCCCCCCUGGGAUGGCCCCCAUGGCCAAGGCGCAUCCGCCGCCGCACGGAGGCGGCGUCUUCUUCGAGAGGUUCGGGGGCGCCCGCAAGAUGCCGGCCAGCGUGGAGUCGGGCCUGGGGGCGAGGCACGCCCUCCUGCAGCACCAGCCGCCUCCGCCGGGCCUCCUGGCCAGGCAGAACUCCUGCCCGCCCGCCCUGCCCCGCGCGCAGCAGCCCUGCCCCGACGCCAGCGCCGCCAACCCGGCCCUGCAGGACGGCGGGGGAGGCCCCCUGCUCCAAGGGCACCACGCCCCCUUCGAGUACCCCAUCCACCGCCUGGAGAACCGGAGCCUGCAGCACCCCUACGGCGGCGGCGGCGGCGGCGGCGAGCCGGUCUUCAGCGUGCCCCACCCGCACCCGGCGCCGGGCAGCCAGCGUCUGCAGCACUUCGACGCGCCGCCCUACAUGGCCGUGGUGGCCAAGAGGCCGCGCUUCGAGUCGUGGGCCGGCGGGGGCCUGGACAGCCACCUCUCGCCCUCCGCCGCCGCCUACUCGGGCCUGCCGGGAGACUUCACGCCGCCGGGCCCCGACGGCUUCCCGCCCCCGCCGCAGGGCCCUCCUCUCCAGCCGCCGCCCGGCGCCGACCACCAGGCCGCCCUCCAGCAGCAGCAGCAGCAGCAGCGCCAGAACGCCGCGCUGAUGAUGAAGCAGAUGGCCGCCUCCCGCCACCCGCCGCCGCCGCCGCGCCUCCGCCAAGCCGGCCUGCACCCGCUGGGCCACCCCCAGGCCGCCGCCGCCGAGCCGGCCUUCGAGGCGCAGGAGGGCGCCUGGUUCCCCUCGGCCGCCGCCGCCGCCGCCGCCGGGGACCUGCUCUUCCGGCCCGGGGUGGGCGGCCUGGCGGGCUUGCAGGAGCCGCCGCCGCUCCGCCUGGCCGAGGGCCACGUGCCCUCCCCCGGCGGCCUGCACGGCCCCUUCGGCCUCAGCCCGCCCGCCGAACGCAGGGGCCCCGGGCCGGACUUCGCCGCCGCCCAGCAGGGCUUCCCCUUCGUGGGCGCCGCCAGCCGCCAGCCCACCCCGCACAGCGCCUCGCCCGGCGCCUACGGCCCCCCCACGGACUUCCCCAGCGCCGGCCCGCCCCCGCCGCCCCGGCCCCCGCCGCCCAGCAGCAAGCUGGGCGCGCUGUCUCUGGGCUCCUUCCCCAAAGCCGGCGGGCCGCCCGGGAGCGCAGGCGGCGGCGGCGGCGGCGGCGGGCCGGGCCCCAAGGAGGGCGGCGGGGGCCUCUUCGGGCAGAGCUGCCUGGCCGCCCUGUCCACCGCCUGCCAGAACAUGAUCGCCAGCCUGGGCGCCCCCAACCUCAACGUCACCUUCGGCAAGAAAGGCGCGGCGGCGGCGGGGACACCGGGGGGCGGCGGCGGCGGCGCGGCUGCCGGCGGGGAGGGCGCCAAGCGCGCCAAACUCAGCCCCGCCGAGCCCCCGGAGGCCGGCGCCCUCGGAGGCCCGCAGCCGCCGCCACCCCCUCCGCCGGGCGACAGCGGCCUCUCCCCCAACUACUCGCCCGGGCCGGGCCCCGACGCCAAGGCGGGCGGCGGGCGGGGCAGGGGCCGCAGGAAACGGGACAGCGGCCACGUCAGUCCGGCCGGCGGCGGCAGCGGCGGCUUCUUCGACAAGUACGGCCCGUCGGCUGGGGCGGAGGGCAGCAGCCCCGGGCAGGGGGGCGAGCGGGGCGGCGGCAGCAGCAGCAGCAGCAGCCACCUCCACGAGCCGCACAAGGCGCUGGGCUCCCCGCCUGCCGCCGCCGCCUGGGCCAAGGCAGGCGCCUCCGCCGACCUCCUGCUGCCUCCGGAACAGGCCGACCUGCUGCCGGCCCUGGAGAAGGGCGACUCGUGCUCGCCCUGCGCCGGCGGCGUCUUCCCGGACGAGGCGGGCGCCGAGGACGAAGUGACGUCCAGCUCCGACAACCCCAUGGCCAAAGGCCCGGCCGGCCGCAGCCCGCUGCAGGCCCGGCCCGGCGACCACGCGCUGCUGAACGGACAGAAGGGCGGCCUGGCCCCGCUGGGCCUGCAUGCCGCCGCCGCCGCCUCUACCUCCAGCCCCGACAGCUACGGCGGCCCCCCCAGCGGCGGCGGCGGCGGCGGCGCGCCGGGGCAGGACGAGAUCCACCCGCUGGAGAUCCUGCAGGCCCAGAUCCAGCUGCAGCGCCAGCAGUUCAGCAUCUCCGACGACCAGCCGCUGGGGCCCAAGAGCGCCAAGAAGCCCGCGCCCGACGGCGGCCAGAACGGCGACAGCGGCCAGCUGAGCAGCUGCUGCGCGGCGGGGGCGGCCGAGGGCGGCAAGGCGGCGGUCAGCACCAUCGACCUGGACUCGCUGAUGGCCGAGCACUCCGCCUCGUGGUACCUGCCCGCCGGCGACAAGGCCCUUCUGGACGGGCCCGACGACGACAAGGCCCUGGGGGCGCCCUGGGAGAAGGCCAAGCCCCCCCUCGCCAGCAAAGAAGCCCACGACCUCCCUUCCGCCAAGACCUCAGCCACGGCACAGACUGGCAGCCACCUGCAGUGUCUUUCUGUCCAUUGCACGGAGGACGUGGGCGAGGCGAAGGGGCGGACUGCCGUGCCGACGUGGCGAUCUUUGCACUCGGACAUCUCCAACAGAUUUGGAACUUUUGUCGCUGCCCUGACUUGAAGACAAGGAGAAGCAGAGAGAAAGGAAUUAUUUUUCAUUUCUCCUUAUGGUUAAAGGGCCGCUCCUGCUAGUUGGACUAUUUUUCUAGGUUGGAACCAGCUUAGUGGCAUCAGGACUGGAAAUCAAGCUCACUCACUCACUCACGUUUCUGUUCCUUUUAAAAAUCUCCCAGCGCCACCUGUCCCCAGUGCUGACCCUUCAGGGUCGGUUCAUAUGUUGCGUGGUACGUGGCUCUGCCCUGUGGGGGCCCUCCAGGCUUCUCCCCUGCAGCCAGAGGCAAGCUGCAAUUCCCCUCUUCCUUUGGGGCGCAUGGUGCUCAGAUGCAGAUCUUGGAGAGAAGGAGCAUCCCCCCCCCCACACACACACACCAUUCUUCUGCUUUGAAACAGCCCUGGAGAGGCACCGUUUGCCCAUUGUACGUCCCAGUGCCUGGGAUGAUGGGUAGCACAUGUGGAGAAAUGGAGUAAGUGUAGCAGGCGGGGGAGGGGGGCGGAGGAGGAGAAGGAUGAAGUCCCUGGUCUGGAUCCAGAUGGCUCUCUAAGCUGAUGGAGUGCAGGAAACAAGAAACUCACACCUCACGUCUGGCUGAAGGUGGAGUGGGGAACCCGGGCAUGAGUCACGUGUGAAUUGGGGCUCUUCCUUGAGGAGAGAUUUGUUCCCAUCGCAGUCUCUGUGGGCUCUGUGGCUCGGCCAGGCCUCCUUCCCAGUUCUGUUGGUAUCCAGAAAUAAGACAAAAGGCUUCUCUUUUAAACCCUCCCCCCCCCUCCAUUCCAUGCUAUUCAAAGUGGGAAUCCUGAAAAACAACCGCAGCAGCAGCAGCAGCCCCCCCGGAAGUCAGCCAGCCGCCCAGUGGCUGAGAGUUUCCUGUCCGCAGCUGAGCCUUCCUGGCAGGAGUGGGCGCCUCCUCUGCUUUCCAUCCACCAAAGGAGUCCCCACCCUUUCUGCCGGGGGGGGGGGGGGGUUUGGUUUUCUGCCCUCCCCAAAGCUUGAGGCACUGAGCAGCCUGGCGUACCCCUCCCCCUGAUAAGGCUGCCCACCCCUGUGGGGAGGGGGGCAGAGUCUCCCUCCAGCCCUGUUGUUCUGGGUUUUGUGGCCAGCAGAGCUUUGCUAACAGGCCUGCAUUGUCCAGGCUGCUGAGGGCUGCUCUUGCCUGGAGCUGAGGGCCAGGCCGGAGGGAGCGCUGCAGGGGCUGGGGUGGGCAGAGGCAGGGUGCCCCCCGCCCGUGGCUCUUUGGUGAGGGGAGGCCCGGGGCACAGCGCUCACUCCUCCCCUCACCCCAAGGCUCAUGCUUAGGAAGAGGGAAGGACCCCUGCCUCCUGCAAUGCCCACUGUGGAGGAGCUCCUUUGGUCCGGGGGGGGGGGGUAACAGCUGCUGAGCUCUCGAGGGAGGGGCAGGGCAGCAAUGGCUGUGCCAGCAGGGCCUGCAGCCUCCGACGGCUGCCUCUGCCAAUCUGCCCUGGCACUGGAGGGGCUGCUGGGAGCUCUCGUGUCCUUCUGCUCCUGCCUUUGCUUGUGGUGGCUGAGCCGUCCGGGUCCAGCCCUCACAGUGAAGGGCAGUGUUCAGGCCCAGUCGUGCCCCAGCUGGCCUGGCCCGAGGCGCCUUCCUGAUGUCCACUUCCUGCCUGUCCCCUGGACUAAGCCGCCCAGAGCCCCGUGCUCUCCCCCUGCCUGGGCCAGGCUGCCGCUCGCUUCCAUAGGCUCUGCUCAGGAGUAGGACGUAACAGGGGAGUGGGCGUCCAGGGCCUGGCCGUUGAUGCUGCCCUUCCUCAGCCCCUUCCGGCAUCCUCACUGAGCCCAAAGGGUUUCAAAAAAGGUGCGCUUGUGAGUUCUAAGACUCUUGUCUCCUUGGCAGGGACCUGAAUUGGUGCUCCAGGGUGGCAGUUUGGCCCCCAGGCACGACCCGUGUCCCACGUGAGCUGCAGCCUGGCCUGGACAGCCCCCCCCCCCCCGCUACCCUUCCAAGCCAUUCAGAUUUUCCAGGGUGGUGGAAUAAAAGUUGCUGAAAUGUGGCAGCGGCCCCAGCAUCUGUGCCCUCCUCUGAAGCAAAGAGCAAAGGAUCAGGCCCACACGGCCGGCUCGCUGGUGUUCUGGGGGAGCUUCAGUUUAGCCAGGAGAAGUGAGUCUUUUUUCUUUUCCUUUUAAAAUCCAAUCAAUUCUAAGGAGGAGAUGUAGAGUCUGCUGAAAAUUUUGUGAAUUUUUCUCUCCGUCAAAAGUAGAUUUUGUUCUUUUCUCCCUCUGUGUGACACACAAAGCCCAAGCCUGCCACCAGCCGGUCACAACGGUGGCCGUCUCUACUGGCUUCUUGCAACCAGGCCUUUCAGGAGGUCCCCCAGUUCUAGUCCUGCUCUCUCUGGUGGCUGCCACUGAGUUAGCAGAACAGAGACCCACCUCCUCUUCUGGGGACCUUGGAGGGCACCUGGGUGACUUGCUGCCAUUUCUAGGAGAAAAGUGCUGUUGGCCCCUCCAUUGAGCUAAGAGCCUUGGACCCUCAAAGAAAAUAAAUACAUUUCCUGGUUUAAAAAAAUAAAUCAUGCUCCUUGCAAAAAACCAAAACAAAGCACCACAAUCCUGGGGAGUUGAACCAGAAAUAAACACCCACUAGAUUAAAACCUAAUGGAAGCACUCAGUGAAUUGAUUCCACUGGAAGGUUGUCGUUAGUGGCAAGUAAUAGUUCUCUAGCCAAGAAACAAACAACCCCAACACAAACCUAUGAGACAAAUCCUGGCAAACUCUUUAUCUUGUCAUCUGAUACUGGAUCGAAGACUGAAGUCUUCUGCUUUACGCAGACUGGGCUUCCACUGGCUUGAUUAGGGUUUUUGAAAAUAUUCCAUACAUGCUCAAGGAAGAAAAUGCUGAGGACUCUGCUAGGGACCCUAAGGGGGAGCAAACUCUGGCUUUUGAUUGGUCCUCCAUGCACUGGGGGGGGGGGCAACCUGGCACUCCCCUCUGCAGCCUUGGCAAUACUUGAAGGCCUGGGCUGGCCUGUCCACCCCGCCCCCCCCCCCUGCUAUUCCACAGCCAUUUCAACAUAACCACCAUCUCAGUCAGAGUUUGGCUCUGACUUCAGAAGGGUUUUUUGCAAGCGGCUUCUCCCCUGGCCUGCCUCUUUCACCCUUCUGGAAGCGAACGUCAGGCUGAGGAGCAGCAGGGUGGCCCCGUGGGUCUGGACGCAAACUAGAAAUGGCCGCUGUCUUGAAAGAGUUGCAGCUUUGAAACCUGAUUUCUGAAGGCCGGCAGCAGAGAGAGAGAGAGCCUUUGGCUGGGGGCGGGGGGGUCCCUCGGUGCUCAGGCGGAUCCCUGGGAAAGUUCUCUCCCAAGCCCUGGCAAACUCAGUCCAACAAAUGUUAUUGCACAUGUAAGAUAUAAGUAUGGGUGGGGUGGGGUGCAAUCUGUAAUCUGCCCCCUCCCCUCCUUGCUUCCCCCUGGACUUUGGUUUAAAUUCAUUUCUCAAUGCUUGGUUGGAAGACUGUGACAAAAACUCAUGAAAAGUGAGUGUUAUUUUCUUUCUUUUUUAAUAUGUAAAGUGCAUUCUUCUGUAUUCAUCCAUAUUGUAUAUAUCUGUAUAUGUUUUACUGAGCAACUAAAUAACAAUAAAUAUGAUGUUAAUGGUG